AUGAUCUGGGUUGAUAUCGCACUGUGCAGACUGGCAGACACGUUCCAUGACACCAUCGCCUUCAUAGCGCUAAAAUCCUGCGACAAGAGAAGCAAAUCAUACGUGUUCAGGGUGGACCCCGAGGCUAUGCGGAGCUCUGCUCUCGUGCUGUCCUGGCUGCGUCUGGUGCAAGCGGCACGUCACCGGGAGGAGCAGAACACCGAAGCGUUCCUGAAGGGAGGCCAGCUGUAUUUCCGGACCACCAAGGAAAUCCAUCAGGAUGAGGAACUGUUGGUGUGGUAUGACCAGGAGCUGUCACAUCUACUGGGCUUCACUGACAUCUCAACCAGAGGACAUAAUGCCGAGCUCAAAUGUGCAAAAUGUAACCAGGUCUUCAAGAACGAGCAUCCCUACUUGGCCCACUGCCGCUUCCUGUGCUCGCAGGUGAAGAAUGACAUGCUGAGCAGAGAGGCCUAUGAACACAAACACAUUGAAAUAAAACGUCAACACCGCAUCACAGACUUCCACAACAUCGCCAGGGAUCUGGAACAUAAAGAAUCCAGCGCCAGUGAGGAAGCCGAGAUUUCUCUGCGGAAAAGGAAACAUGAGGAGACGGAUUAUCCCCGAUGGAGGAAACCAGUGUUACUGGAGAAAACCAACAUCUUGAAUGACAACAUCACACAGAUAACCAGAGACUACCACCUCAUUGUGCCAGAGUCAACUGGCUCUGUUUUGAAACUGAAGGCGGAGAAGUACCAGCUCAAAAAGGACCAGGUGGAAUGCAAAAAUAGUGCGUUCACAGAAGUAGGAGUUGCAAAAAGGAGUGUUAUGCACGAGAAAGAAAUGCCAACAGAGGCUGAUUCUGAGACAGUGAGGGAGAUAAGCUCUGGUUUGAACUCCAAGAGCAACAACCGUGAGUUUUCAUUCAUUCUGCGCAGUGGACAGGAGGAGCAGAAAAGCGCUUUCUGUAAACCCAGUAAAGGGACUUCUUCUAACUGCUCUACAGCUCACCCAUCCAACACACCUGCCCAAUCGAACCACCUAGAAGACGUGAGAGACAUUUUUACCUCAAAGACUGUUCUGGGAUACAACAAUUUGUUGGCAUCUAAUAAUAUUAUGUUGAAUGGUGAUUUACCUGGCGCACAGACCAUACCCACACCGGUUACUUGCAAUGCUUUUCCUUACCCACCAGAGCACUGGUCCAGGAGCAUUGGAGCCCAAAUACAAACAAUUCUUCCUCCAACAUUUAGCUCCUUUGGGGUGUCGGUGCAGAACUGGUGCGCCAAGUGUAACCUCUCCUUCCGCAUGACUUCAGACCUGGUGUUCCACAUGCGCUCCCACCACAAGGAGUUUCUGGAGCGGUCCCAGGUGAGGAGGCGAGAGGAGAAACUCACAUGCCCUAUCUGCCACGAGUUCUUCCGGGAACGGCACCACCUGUCACGCCACAUGACUUCUCACAAUUAAAGCCUAUUGGACAUAAGAAAACUGAUAUUUAAUGAAAACGACAUCGGACAUUCUGUAUCUAAUUACAAGA